AACUCUGCAUAAGCGAUCAGCCGAUCUUUACCAUUUAGAUCAACCCCUAAAGGUGUGCAGUGAUGUUCAAGGACAUGAAGGAUAGUCUGUAUGCAUGGAGACAUGUGUUGGGAUACAUGGCCGUUGUCUUCACACUAGCAUUAUUCUCAGCUGGAAUCCUCACCUGCCGUAAGAUCCUCAUAGAGAAGAGGGUUGGUGUUAUACCAUAUAUUCCCUUCCUCGCAGCCUCCUUGAAUUGCUUUUUCUGGGCCACCUAUUCAGUUUUGAAUGAAUUUUGGGACAACUCAAUUCUGUUCAUCAAUACUUUUGGACUUAUUCUACAGGUCAUGUACAUUGUCCUCUAUUAUUACUUUACUGAAGACAAGACGUCGCUAAUUCGUGACAUUUUUAUAACCUGUUCUAUAAUUGGAGCAGUUCUAUUCUACGUGAUGGUAGUGGUCAGUGAACUCAAUAGGCUAAUUCAUCUUGGAAUCAUUGCCAAUUUUUUCUCUAUUUGCUUCUUUGGUUCUCCUCUGUCUACUAUGGCUGUUGUAGUACGCACUAAGAGUACUGAGUCUAUGUCCUUGCCUUUCUCUGUCCUCUCUUCUCUGGUUACCAGUCUGUGGACACUCUACGGAGUAGCCAUUUCUGACGUCUAUGUUCAGUUCCCCAACUUCAUAGGGUUCAUCCUCUCUCUCAUUCAACUCUCUCUGUUCUGUGUAUACCCUCCCAAGAAGAAAGUCUUUACUAUCCAAUCACCGGCCUAACUCUCUACAGUUAUAGCAGCAACUAUUUUCCAUGUACAUGUAUGCUUGUGAUGAACAUGUACGAUAACACAAUAAUAUGUAUUUCGCCACCUGCAA